CUCGGCCAUGGCCUGCCCGGUGGCGGCGCGCGCCUGGCUGGGCGGCCUCCUGCGCGACUUCCCCGGGCCGCUGGGCCCCGCCGAGGCGCCGCCCUGGAGCCCCGCCGCCGGGGCCAGGGCCGCCCCGCAGCGCCCGGACGAAGCGCUGGCCGAGCUGGCCGAGCUGGCUCGCGGCUUCCUGGGCCGGAGGAACGCACCUCCUCUUCUUGCGGCAGCCUUAAUUCACGCGGCAGUCAGCGAGAUGCUCCAAAGUGGCCUGGAGGAUUUUAAACAACAGAACCUAGAAGAAGAGGAGGCCAGUGACCGUGAGACGUGCCACUUCUUGCAAGGUGGUCCUCUGCAACGCUCCUUCUUUAACAAACUCUUGGAGAUUUGCUGCGAAUGGCAGAAGGACUUACCCGCCCUGAAGCCGUCUAAGCGCUACCUUCAGAUUUCUGUCCAUGCAACUCGUAAUACUCGACGGAAGAUGGAAGAUAGACACGUUUCCCUACCAGAAUUUAAUCAACUUUUUGGCCUGCAGGAUGGUUUAGAUCGAGCCUAUUUUGCUGUUUUUGAUGGCCAUGGAGGGAUUGAGGCAGCUAACUAUGCAGCUACCCAUUUGCAUGCCAACCUGGCACAUCACAAGGAGCUUCUGGAAGACCCAGCAGAAGCUUUGAAAGAUUCCUUCCAGAAGACAGAUGAGAUGUUCCUUUCAAGAGCCAGGAGAGAGAAGCUACGCAGUGGCACGACAGGGGUGUCUUCUUUCAUUGCUGAGGACAAACUGCAUAUUGCCUGGCUGGGAGACUCCCAAGUGAUGCUGGUCCAGCAAGGGAAAGUCAUAACUCUGAUGGAACCUCAUAAACCAGAACGAGAGGACGAGCAACAACGCAUAGAAGCUUUAGGGGGCUGUGUAACGUACAUGGACUGUUGGCGUGUCAACGGCACCCUGGCUGUUUCCAGAGCUAUUGGGGAUCUAUUGCAAAAGCCUUACAUCUCCGGCUGUGCGGAUAGCGUGUCGUUUGAGCUGACGGGGGCAGAAGAUUACAUCCUCCUUGCCUGUGACGGAUUCUUCGAUACCAUCCAGCCUGUUGAGGUGGUGGACCAUGUUCUAGAGCACUUAAUGCAAAACCAAGGAGAUGGCCUUCAGACGGCGGAGAGGCUGGUGGCUGUGGCAAAACAGAGUGGCUCUACCGACAACAUCACUGUCCUGGUAGUGUUUCUCCGUGAGCCCAAGGACAUCAUCGCCGACUGUCUCAGAAACCCCAAAAGCUGCCCUGUGGAUGAUGGUGCGGCAGGGUCCCUGUUUAGCAUCUUCGGCCCCGGAGCAAACCAUUGAAAGAGCGUUGCGCUCUAAAAGCAACGUCCACAGCCCAACGCCCAACGCCCAAAUGUAAGCAAGUUUUUAAAAACUCUUCUACACUGGAAAAAGGAAAGGUGUUCCUGGAUUGGAUGCUUGGGUUUGGCAUUGAAAAGGAAGUCCGUCCGGUUCUUCCCUAACCCAAGGCCGUGCCUGGGUCGUACAACCUCAGGCUACAGCUGAAGGAGGAGUAUGAUAGAAAGUCCAGCCUUGUGUUGAAGAAAUCACCAGGAGGAGAUAGGGCAAUCUUACGUUCUCACUGGCUUGGUGUUCUACGGGAAGGGUUGGGGGUUUAAAUGGAAAAGGUGUCAGUCAGGCUGAAGUGAUAGAGCUUAAGCCGAUCUGUGAAAAAUAGGGUUCAGACGAGCUGGUGGUUGAAGGCCUCACUUCUUGAGAAGUUGUGUGGCGUGCUCACAUCUCUUUGUCUCGGGAGAGAGCCGAAGGUGCAUUUAAGUGAAUCACUUAGCAGGCCUCGUUGGAAGACACUUAGUGUCAGACUGGAAGGGGGCUGCGUCGGGGUAUUUUUGAAAUUACCAUUUAAUAAGCUGUGGCUUAUUUCUGCAGAGCAAUUCAGUAUUAAAUCCAGGAUUGGGAUGUCAUCCAUCUUGGGGUGAAUGAAAGACUCAGAUUGGGCUUUUGUAGACCAAAGAAAAUGUUAGCCAAGAAUGUCAGCUAUGAGGUUUAAGAAAAGGAAGUAGAUAAGGAAGGGAUAAGAAUCUACUGCCCCCUCCCCCAUCCCCAAUUAUUUAAUGUAUCAAACCUGCAUCAAACUCAUGCGUGGUCAGACAGUACCAUAAGCUAAGCUGAGAUAACAUAAGUUACAGUCAAAUUGCCAAACACGGUUUUUGCAUCAUUGUCACCUCUAUCAUUCUGCACAGUGUUCAAAGAUGUUCUUUAGGAUAUACAGGUUUUAUUUUUUUGAUCAAAUUAAAAAAGAUGUUCUGAGUAUCCGCAACUUUCAGUGAACCAUAUAUUAAGUAUUUUAGUGUUUUAUUAUUUGUAUACUGGCCUGUAUCUUCAGCCUUUUAAAAAAAAUUCUCCCAGAAGUUUAUUUGAAUCAUAUUUUUAGAUGUACGUGUUUACUAUUAUUUAUCACUGGUAUUUGAAACGGGCGGCUCUCAGAUGCCAUUAGGCUGCUGAUAAAGGGGUAGGAUUACUUUUGCUAUCAUAUUCUGUAGGCUGCAUUUUAGCUUUUAUCUUUGUAGGAAUUUAUUUCAGACAUUUAAACACUGCUCAAGCACUGGAGGCUUUUUUAAAUGUAUGUUGAGAUCUCUGUAAUUCAGGAAUGCUUUCACUGCAAACGAGGGGAACGACUGGAAACUUUCCAAAACGGAAGAGGCUUUGAAUUAAAUGAAACAAUCUGCUAUUCCUUUAGCCGGGCACUGUUACAGAAAACACACUUUUUGAGAUCUGUUGGUUUAAACUUGAAUCUGGUAAUACAGGUAGUCCUUGACUUACAACCACAAUUGGGACUGGAACGUCCGUUGCUAAGCAAGGUGGUGGUUAAGUGAGUUGUGCCUGAUUUUAUGACCUUUUUGCCGUGGUGGUUAAGCGAAUCACAGCAGUCGUUAAGCGAAUCCGGCUUCCCCCAUUGACUUUGCUUGUUGGAAGCUGGCUGGGAAGGUUGCAAAUGGCAAUCAGGUAACCCCGGAAUGCUGCAGCCGCCGUAAGUGUGAGCUGGUUGCCAAGCGCCUAAAUUUUGAUCAUGUGACCGCAGGGACGCUGCAAUGGUCAUAAAUGCAAUGACUGGUUGUAAGUCACUUUUUUCUGCGCCAUCGUAACUAGCUUCUUGUAGUCUCCCUAACUUCUUUUUCUCCUGCCAGGAGUACAUCCGAUGCACCUAUUUCUGAUUUGAAACUACCCAUCAUUUUCACUGCAUCUGAAGUUGGGGAGCCUGUUGGUU